AUGCCUGCAGACGCCUCCGAAAACCUCGGCGAUAGCGAAUUUGCAUGUCCCAUCUGUAUGUCCGAUCCCAACUAUCCUGUACUAACACAGUGCGGACACAUAUAUUGCUACUCAUGUCUGAAGUUGUGGCUCACCAAUUCUCGUGAAUCCAACUGCGCCAUGUGCCGAGCCCCAAUUAGUUUAUCAAGCGGUCUCACACCAGUGUAUGCAGGCCGGAAAGAGGGAGAGGAUCCGCGGCCCCACGAAGAUCUCUGCAGGGAAAUAAAUGCUGCUCGAGAAGAACGGGACAGGGCCCGCAAUCGUUUUCGCCUUCCACGGCUGAACGCACAGGUGAAUUUUGCUGCACAAAAUCUCACGCCUCUUGACCUACUCUUCAACGGGCUCUUGAAUAUACUACGAGAAAGAGCGGAUCAAGACGAGCAGGAUCUAGAUCAAGAAGAUAGUGCCAGGCAAGCAGGCAAUCCUAAUGAUGAUCCUGUGCUUGUGGCGCGCAAUAGGCGUCGACUCAAUGUGAAGCAGUUGAUAAGGGCCGUUCUGUCUGGAUUGCUGGUGGUCAUUUGGGUGGCGAUCCAGAUGUACUUCAACACGCCAAGAAUUCAGGUCUAUAGAUUUAACGCUAAUCAGGAGUGA